AUGAGAGGCAGUGUUAUCUCUUUGAUAGUGGCUCUGGCCGGCGUGCUCGUUACUGCCAACCCUACGCCGGAUGCAGGUCGGUGCAGGCCGCGUCCAGUGUUCUGGCAGCACUGUUACUUCCUGCACAUGCAGCAAAUGGAAGAAAUGAAACGAGCCGAAGAUAGGUUCAUUUGUUCGCACUGUGAAGACCCAGUCCAAAGAUACUGUGGCAAGUACUCCAAGGGACAAGGUGAUGGCAACGCGUUGCAUCGAUUUAACAGUUGGAGUGUGCACUCCGGUACCCAUUAUUCCUGUAUUUAUUACCGUCAAUGA